CGACCAGAAGAAGAUCUCGUGUGAUGACAUCAAGACUGAUGUUGGCUUUCAGUACCCUAUCUCAAAGGUUGAUGGAACAGAGAUUGAAGUCUCUUGUAAUAAGACUGUUAUUGCUCAUGGCAACAGAUCAUCAGGGCAUUAUAAGCGUGGAGAGGACGUUGUGAGCAUGGACAGCAAGACAAUCGUCACCAAGCGCUGCCUAAACCUGACAGUAAAGGGCAUAGUUCAUAUCGGAGGGUUCGUCCGUGACCGAUGCUUGCAAUAUAUAACAGUGACGAUCAAACCGGAGGCCCAGGCACCAAAUGCUUCUCCACCACCAGAAGCCCACUCAUCAUCAUCACUCACAACAUCACUCAUCAUUGGUCCUGUGGUUGUGGUCCUUGCUGUUAUGGCUGGUAUUACUGGUUUUGCACUGCUGUAUUGUACAUACCGGAGGCAACAAAGUCAAGCUACAUUUCGUCAAUUUCUUUGCGGCCUCACACCCUGUUCUUAUCUCAGAGGGAGGUUUUUCCAACCAGGCAGAGAGGGAAGAGAAAUCGGAAACGGGGCUGUCCUGCAGGCUGGGAGGGACAACGAGAACGAUGGCCAGGUGUCUUCACCCAACGGAGGCAGCAUUCGGCUUAGUGAACUGUCCUCUACUCAGCUCACACUUCAAAAUGGUAUCAAUGCCGGGAGUAAUGGCAGGAAUCCAGAAGCCCUGAGUCCCGACCACAGCCUGAGCAACGGUGGCACCAGGCUGUCAGAUGACAACACAAGCGGAGACCGUAUAGAUGUGAAUCCUGAUGCCGAAAGUGUCCCGGAUAUAAACCCAGCCUGGAAUCAUCGGGACAUGGACAGGAACUUGAGAGGUGAUCCAGGAGGAGUGAAUGACAACAAAGAGAAUGACAUCAACAUUAGAGUCAUGCCUGACGACCCGGAGACUGGUGAUCAGAGUCUUGAAGGGCACGAGAGUGAAGGACAACCGCUGCUGUCGAACAAACCGACUGCUAUCCCAGAUUUUAACAUGACAGGUGAGCCCGCGGGUUUGGUGAAUGAGCUUGGCCGUGACCCAGACCAGGUCCGCAUGUGCUCUACUGUACUACCAGACACAGGAUCCAGUGACGUGGAGUCACCAUCCAAGAUGUUUAACAGAAAUAAUAGCACAUAUAUACAGAUAGAGAACAAGGAUAACAAUGAAUAAUAUUAAUAAUAGUGAUGAUAAUAAUAAUAAUAAUAAUAACAGUACUAUUAUUGGUAAUAUCAGGUUCCCACAUACUUUGUCCACUUGCUCAUUCUGAUUUAAAAAUGCAACCAGAGACAGUCUCUGAUGCGUUUCAGUUUUGGUCAUAGACCUUUGUCAGAUAUUAGAGAAUGCCCGAUGAAGGUCUAACUAGUCUUGAUGAAAUUAACAAAUUACUAAACUGUAAUUUCACAGAACAGAAAUGCCGACCACUGUAAAGGCCUCUCACAGUGAAGUCGUUCUGGUAUGCGGUACAUUUACUGGCAGCCCCUUGGGAUCAAGUCCAGUGCUGUUAAGGAUCCACAUAGCAGUGAUGAAUGAAUGCCUUCUGCCCAACAUGUAUUUAUUUUUUGACAGGCGUAGCGUCUUCUGAGAUGGAAACGUCUAAGUGAUUUGACAGGAAUCGUGACAUUCUUAGAAAAGAACAUGGCUCGGGCUACCAGCGAAUAUGAGCCCAAAGAUUAUCUGUUGGUGAUUAUGUCACAUGGUGUUGUCUGUGGUGCCAUUUUCUGCCAUCAUCAUUGAAAUAUUGAGCAGCUUGGUGGCCCACAGCUUUUAUACAUUUUCAAAUCUUCAUAAGGAAAUUGUCGUCUUCUUCAGUUCUCAGUGUCCUGCAGAAGAACACUUUAGCAGCUCGUUCUCAUGAUCAUCGUGUUAAAUUCCUUUAGACAUCGGUGUUGUCUCUCUGGAAGACAGAGCUCCCUUUAGAAAUCACAGGAUGAAGGCAGUAGUGUUGGCACUCCUGGCAUAACCCAAGGGACUGGUGGACGGGUGAACCUAAACCAUGUCAGAAAAAGUACCACUUACCAUUACAAGGGACCAGUCAGUGGAUUUAAUGUGGGGUACCUCUAUUUAUAAUAACAAUAUAUGAUCAAUACUGUUGCCAGUAUAUAUACAAUGGCCUUUUAUAAUUAUUACACACACACACACACACACAGUUAAUAUUACAUAUAUGCUAUUAUUACAUAUAUCAAUUAUUAUAUAACUAUAUAUGCAACCUGCUUUAUUAUAUGUAAAUUGUAUGCUUUUUAUGUGCUUGUGUAAAUUUAUAUGUCAAGUUUUGUAAGCAUUUUCUCAGGACUGAGGCAGAGCUUACAAAUGUUUUUUAGUCUGUGGUAGAUAGUAUAGCCUUAUGUUAGCACUUAGUUAGAUUAACUCAAAUGUUAAAUGUUAGGUUGAAGUAUAUAGUAGCUGCAUCUUGCUUUUUAAACGUGAUUCGACUCUGCCUUCUGUGUAAUCAAAUGCAUUGCUUGUUUUAUACUCUAUAUUUGCUAAAAUGUUGCAAUCAAAUUAUUUGCGUGCAGAUAAAUCAAGUGCAUUGAAUGAUUCUGUAAUGAUUCUGUAAAUAAAUACAUUAACC